AUGGUGGGUCGCCGCAUUCCCAGCUCCGCUCACUGGUUGCGAGCCUACUGCUCCACCUCCUGCCUCAUCCUCCCCCCGCCGACGAUGGCCCUUCAUUCCCCGCCAUGUCUCUUCCAGCCCUUGGGAAAUCCGGCUUCCAGCUGUCAAAAAUGGUCCGAAAGAUUGGACGCCGGCCUGCGGAAACCUCACGUCCAUGGCCGACAAGCCGCCGACGAAGAAGGCUUUCUGGACUCUUACGGUCGCAUGCUCCAUCGUUACGUUGGUUCCAGUAGCUCUCCUCCCGGCGCUCGAAGCCUACAACUGGAGUUGACUAAGCUUGGAUUCGUAGGAGAUUUGUUUCUAUCCAACACCCUCGUCAACCUCUACGCCAAGAGCGGUAACUUAACUGUGGCACGCCAGGUCUUCGAUGAAAUGCCCCACAGGAACGCAGUCUCCUGGACCUGCCUGAUUUCCGGCCAUUCACAGUGGGGUCAACCGGACGAAGCAUGCCGUCUCUUCCGAUCGAUGGUCUCCGCGGGAUUCCCCCCCAGCGAGUACACCUUCGGGAGCGUUCUGAGAGGCUGCCAAGACUCUGGCCCGCGUUCCUUGCCUCUGGGUGCCCAAGUACACGGCGUUAUUCUGAAGAGCGGCUACUCCUUGGACCCCGUAGCCUGUAACGCCCUGAUCUCUAUGUAUGGAAGCUGUUCUUUGGACUCCAUGGUCAGCGUUCGACGGAUAUUUGAAGGCGCUCCGAAGGGGAAUCUGGUAUCCUGGAACUCCAUCAUCUCGGUGUGCUCUCAGAAGGGAGAGGCACCCUCCGCCUACGAACUGUUCUUGGCAAUGCAGAGGAGCGACCUCGGACUGAGGCCUAAUGGGUACACCUUUGGGAGUCUGAUCAGCGCCACCUACGCUUGCCCUGCCCCCCGUGCUUCUCUCUUCGCAUGCCUUCUUGAUCAGUUGCUCUCUCAGAUUCUCAAGUCCGGCUUCCUUGAAGACCUCUACGUGGGAAGCGCCCUGGUCAGCGCAUUCGCGAGGCUCGGAGUUCUCGACAGAGCAAAGAAGACGUUCUUGCAGAUGCAGAAGAGGAACGCGGUCUCCAUGAAUGGGUUGAUGGUGGGCUUGGUGAAGCAGAAGCAGGGAGAGGAGGCGGCGGACAUUUUCCGGCAAGUCAACGACCCCGGGCUGGUGAACGAGGACACCUUUGUGGUUUUGCUCAGCGCUUGCGCCGAAUUCUCGGCACCAGAGGCGGGGAAGAGGACGGGCAGGGAGAUCCAUGGGUUCAUCACCAGAAAUAGCCUGGGCGAUGACAAGGUUGCUGUCGGGAACGGUCUGGUCAACAUGUACGCAAAAUGUUCUGCGAUCGAGGAAGCUCGCAGGGUCUUUGAGCUCAUGGGCGCGAAGGAUCAGGUGUCCUGGAAUUCAAUAAUAUCUGGGUUCGAUCAGAACGGGCUAUUUCAGGAGGCGUUGACCAGUUUCCGUAAAAUGCGGAUAGGUGAUGCUUCCCCCUCGAACUUCACGCUGAUUAGCACGCUGAGUUCUUGCUCAAGUUUAGCAUUCCUCAGGUUCGGAGAACAGGUGCACUGCGACGGGGUCAAAGCCGGCCUUGAUUUGGACAUCUCCGUCUCGAAUGCUCUUCUCACCAUGUAUGGAGACUGCGGUCAAACCUCAGAGAGCCAGAGAGUCUUCUGGUCAAUGCCCGAUCAUGAUCUGGUUUCCUGGAACUCCAUGAUCGGCGUGCUUGCAGAUUCAGAGACCCAUCUUCCCCAAUCCAUGGGGGUCUUCAGAGAGAUGCUUCGAGGAGGAUGGCAUCCAAACAGGGUAACGUUCAUAAACAUUCUGGUGGCUUCAUCUUCGCUUUCGUUGGUCAACCAGGGGAGACAGGCGCAUGCCCUGGUGGUCAAACACGGGCUGUCCGAAGACGUCGCAGUGGAGAACGCCAUGCUCUCCUGCUAUGCCAGGAGCGGAUGCAUCGGAGCUUCUGAGCAGCUGUUCAUCCUCAUGUCGGGCAGGAGAGACAACCUCUCGUGGAACUCUAUGGUCGCCGGCUAUGUUGACAACGGCCUUCUCCCCGAGGCCAUGGACUUGGUGUGGCUGAUGAUGAACGACGGGCAGAAACUGGACAACUUCACCUUCGCCACAGUUCUGAGCGGCUGCGCCGCAGCGGGGGCGCUGGAACGAGGGACGGAGAUGCACGGCUUCAGGGUGAGGUCCCAGGUGGAAUCUGACGUCGUGGUGGAGAGCACUCUGGUUGACAUGUACUCGAAGUGCGGCCGGGUCAACUAUGCUGCCAGGGUCUUCGCCGCCAUGCCGUCGAGGAACAGGUACUCCUGGAACUCGAUGAUUUCAGGCUGUGCCCGGCACGGAGACGCUGCAGGUGCCCUGAGGCUGUUCCGGGAGAUGCAGCUUAGUCAACGGCCAGAUGAUGUCACUUUCGUCAGUGUCCUGUCGGCGUGCAGCCACGCUGGUCUCGUAGAGGAGGGGCUGCAGUACUUCGACGAUAUGGCCGGGAGCUACGGUGUAGAGCCUCGGAUGGAGCAUUAUUCCUGCGUUGUGGACCUUCUUGGGAGGGCCGGCAUGGUCGAGGAGAUGGAGAGCUUCCUGAGGAGGAUGCCGAUGGAGCCCAACGCGCUCAUCUGGAGGACCGUUCUCGCAGCGUGCUGCAGAACUAAGGACAGAGCCCGGAUGGCGUUGGGAGGGUUAGCAGGGGAGAAGCUCAUGGAACUGGAACCAGAGAACCCGGUGAGUUAUGUGCUCAUGUCGAAGCUCUUUGCUUCCGUGGGGAAAUGGGAAGAUGUGGCGAGAGCCAGGAGCUCCAUGCGGACCGCUAUGGUGAGGAAAGAGGCGGGCUGCAGCUGGGUCACUUUGAAGGACGGGGUUCAUACCUUCGUCGCCGGAGACAGAUCGCAUCCGGAGGCUGAAGAGGUUUACAGAGAGCUGUUGCUGCUUAUUCAGAGGACGAGGGUGGUCGGAUACGCCCCUCAGACUGGCUCCGCUCUGUACGAUCUUGACUCGGAGGAGAAAGAACUGCUGCUGAGCCACCACAGCGAGAAGCUCGCGCUCGCCUUCGUCCUCAUCCGAUCCUCCUCCGGGCUGCCGAUAAGGAUCAUGAAGAACCUCCGGGUCUGUGGCGAUUGCCACCUGUUCUUCAGGUGCAGUUCUCAGGUGGUCGGACGGGAGAUCAUCCUCAGGGACUCGAUCCGGUUUCACCAUUUCGCGAACGGGAGAUGUUCUUGCGGGGAUUACUGGUGA